GCCAUGAGCCAGAGGCAGGUCCUGCAAGUUUUCGAGCAGUACCAGCGCGCCCGGAUGCAGUUCGUGCAGGCGGUGGCCGAGUUCGCCGCCCGGCCGCAGUACAUCGACACCCUCCAAGAUGCAGGUGUAAUGACUUUGCUGAGACCUCUUUUGCUGGAUGUCAUCCCAAAUAUUCAACAGACUGCUGCUUUGGCUCUCGGGAGACUUGCCAAUUAUAACGAUGCCCUGGCAGAGGCAGUCGUGAAGGGAGACAUUCUUCCACAGAUCCUGUGUUCGUUGUCUGAGCAGAAUCGUUUCUACAAGAAAGCAGCUGCCUUUGUGCUAAGAGCAGUUGGUAAACAUUCUCCACAGCUAGCUCAGUCAGUAGUUCAGUGUGGAGCAUUGGAAAUGCUUGUGAUUUGCUUGGAAGAUUUUGACCCUGGAGUCAAAGAAGCUGCAUCUUGGGCACUUGGGUAUAUUGCCCGACACAAUUCAGAACUGUCACAAGCUGUGGUGGAUGCAGGCGCUAUUCCUCUUUUAGUGCUCUGUAUCCAGGAGCCAGAAAUUGCUUUGAAAAGGAUUGCUGCUUCAACUCUCAGUGAUAUUUCAAAGCAUUCUCCAGAGUUAGCACAGACAGUAGUGGAUGCAGGAGCUAUCGCUCACUUAGCUCAGCUGAUCCUGAACCCUGAUGCUAAACUGAAGCGUCAGGUGCUGUCAGCUCUAAGCCAAAUAGCAAAGCAUUCAGUGGAACUUGCAGAGUUGGUGGUUGAAGCAGAAAUUUUCCCAGUUGUGCUCACAUGCCUGAAGGACUCAGAUGAAUAUGUCAAGAAAAAUGGUGCAACUUUAAUUAGAGAGAUAGUAAAGCACACGCCUGAGCUUUCACAGCUUAUAGUAAAUGCAGGUGGAGUUGCCGCUGUGAUUGAUUGUAUUGGCAGCUGCAGAGGGACUGUCAGGCUGCCUGGCAUCAUGAUGCUUGGUUAUGUAGCAGCUCAUUCGGAGAACCUGUCAAUGGCAGUGAUUGUCUCCAAGGGAAUACCACCACUGUGUGCCUGCUUGAUAGAGGAACAAGAAGAUCAUAUUAAGGCAGCAGCUGCCUGGGCCUUGGGACAGAUUGGAAGACAUACUCCUGAGCAUGCAUGUGCUGUUGCAGUAGCAAAUGUGCUACCCAUACUGCUUUCUCUGUAUAUGGAUACACGCAGUUCAGAAGAUCUUCAAAUAAAAACUAAAAGAGCCUUAAAGAACAUCCUUCAGAAAUGCACAUAUCUUCCAGCACUUGAACAACUGCUGCAUGAUGCUCCUCCCAAUAUUAUAAAACAUAUUGUUGGACAGUUUAGUAAGGUGUUACCACAUGACAGUAAAGCACGUCGUCUCUUUGUAACAACUGGUGGACUUAAAAAGGUUCAAGAAAUAAAAGCAGAACCUGGGUCACUUCUUCAGGAAUAUAUCAACACUAUUAAGAAUUGCUAUCCAGAGGAAAUAGUAAGGUAUUACUCCCCUGGAUAUUCUGAGAUACUUCUGGAAAGGGUGGAAAAUUACCAUCCAGUUUUAUAA